CCGCCUAGGGUAGACCCGCUGUUGGACCUUUUUACCAACCUGUUGAUGAAGCAUGGUAGAAAGGCCGAGGCGCAGAAGAGGAUCGGGGAGGUCUUGGAUGUCAUCCGCCAGACAACCCUUUCCGACCCCGUCCCCCUGAUGCACCAAGCCAUCCACCUCACCUCCCCCUCGAUCCGUAUCGUCUCCCUCCGUCGGGCCGCCAAAAACGUCCCCAUCCCCUCGGCCUUGGACGCCCGUCAACGAGCCCGAACAGGAAUCUCUUGGAUCUUGAAAGCUGCGGAAAAGGGUCGAAAAGGUGGAGCGUCGGAGAGGACGGGCAGGAUCGCAAAGGAAGUGCUAGCUGUGCUUGAUGGCUCGAGCGCGGCUCUGGCGAGAAAGGACGAGGUUCAUCGGUUGGGCGCCGUCAAUAGG